AUGGCUGAGCGCAACUUGAAAAAUACUCCCCGGACGGGUUCUGGUCCCUCAGCGGCCGGGGAAUGCCACACAUCCCCGAAAGGAGAUGUCUGCCGCGCGUAUACGGGGGCGGCACAAAUUGCGUUGAAUGAAUCGGAGGCCGCAAAAGCGGCGAGGCAGAGGGCUAUUUUGGCGGCCCUAGGAGGCAAUGACGGCGCGAAAAAGCGCGACAGCCCGAAGCCGGCGCCCAUUACCGCGCCGGCGGCGGAACCACAGACUGAGAAGAAGUUGAGGGGCGACAAAGAUCUUCCGCAUGUCCUGCUGACACGCGAAGCGAUCAUGCCGCCCCCGUCUCGAAUCCCCGGACGAAACACUCCUGGCCUAGACAGCGAGGACGUGCUCUCGGACUCCAGCGAAAUGUCUGGCAUGUCGCUGGACUCCGGGGGCCUGCCCGCAUUCCUGGACAGGACAUGUCGAAAGAGGCGAGCAGAUGAUGACAUGGCACCGCCCCUCAGCAAAGGAGUGGCGUCCAAACCAAAGAGAGGUCGUGGCCGCCCGCCGACAACCGGCCAAUAUGCCGGUCUGGCGAAGGCACAGGCCGACUUUAAUCGGGAGAAGGAAGAGGCUUUUCGUUUACAGGCUGAGGAAGAGGUCGCUGACCCAGCGCGGGAGGCGAGGAAAACGCGAGCGACUAUCAGCUCCGCCCGCUCCCAAUCCGGACUCCCCGUUUCUUCUCCUUCGCGAGAAGAGGCUAUGGAGCGGACAGGCGUUGAUCUCAUGAGGACGGUGGAGAUUUUGCUGAAGACCAUUGAAAUGGUUGCCACGAAGUCCUCCAAUCUUAAGGAACUGAAAGAUCGUUCCUCAUCGGAGGAGAUCAAGCGGCUGGAAGCUCAGAAUGCGCGGCUCGAAGAGCAAGUGGCGAAGUUACGCCAGGAGCUCGACGAGUUGCGCAGACAGAUCUCCCAGCAAACUGGUGGUGACGUGCGUGAGCUAUUGGCUGAAGUCUCCCGUGCAAAUGUGGAGACCUUUGGCAAUAUGCUCAACGCCAGGCUUGCUGGGUUGGAGGACCGUCUUCUGCCCGAACCGAGACGGAGACCCUCGCUGGCGUCGGACAAAAGGCCGCCGAUCGAGGAAGAAAUGCCGGGACCCCCUCUGCACAAGGCGAAAGGGAAACCGGCUAAGAAGUCGCAACCGUCAGUUGCUGCAUCGGCCCCUCUAGAGGCCCCUGCUGCACCCACGGCGCCCAGGCCUAAAGAGGCCAGGAAAAAAAAGAAGCGGCCCACAACGGCCGCUCAGGAGGCGGCGCAAGGGGAAGCGAAUACCAGCUCCACCUGUACAGAGACCCCUUGGACCACGGUGGGUCUGAAGGGUAAGAAGAAGAAGGGGGCGGCUACACCAUCUACAGCCGCCCCGAGAAGAAGAAGAAAAAGAAGAAAGGGCUGCGUCCGUUCAAGGUCCGAUUCCGACUGGCGAGGACGGGUGCCCGGAUACUGGGAGGUAACCGGAGAAGACGCCCAGCAGAAGGCGGACGCCUUCGCGAACAAAAUGAGGGAGGUCCUCGAUAGGGACGCAGUGAAAAUCGCUCGCCCUGUCCAAAGAGUAGAUUUGCUCGUCUCCGGCAUGGACGACGCAGCGACCGCCGCCGAUGUUACCAAGGCGGCGGCAAAAGAAGGCGGCUGCCCGGCCACCAAUAUCCGGUCGGGCAAAAUCACGGUAGGCCCCAGGGGCGCACGGAGCGUGUGGCUCCAUGUCCCCACGGACGCCGCCAAGAAGUUAGUAACUUCUGGGCGGCUGCAGGUGGGGUGGGUCCUGGUAAAAGUGGUACUGCUGGCCGCGAGGCCAAAGCGGUGCUACGGAUGUCUGGACACCGGCCACCUGGCACCGAGCUGCCAGUCCCCGGUAGACCGUAGCGGGAAUUGCUUCCGUUGCGGGAAGCCGGGGCAUAAGGCCGCCGACUGCACGGAGGAGCCCAGCUGCUUCUUCUGCGCAGAGCUCGGUAGAGAAAGCAACCACGUGCUGGGGAGUAACGGCUGUUUUACAGCAGCCAACAAGCCUCCCAGCACGAGGAGGAAGCGCAAGGCUCCCUCCAAGGCUCAGCCGCGUAAGCGGCCUGGAGCCAAUAAGGCCGGGGCGAGUGAAACCGCCCCCGCCAUGGAGGUUGAAGCCUAG